AUGGGACCAAAUCAAUUCACACCUGGCUCUUUCCUCUUUUCUCCGCAUAUCCAAGCCAUUUGCGCAUCGGGAAGGGAUCCCGAAGAUAAGGGUCUAUCAGUUCAAAUCCCGUAUACUGCCUUCACAACUUCCCCGGAAUCACUAUCCGAUAACGACCUCAUGACUUUCGACUCGGAAGACAAACUCCAGCUCUUUUUGAGUGGAACAUCAUUUGGCAAUGCUUCGUCGAUACAGUCUAUCCAAUGGAUGGAUAACGAUUUGUUCGUGGAAAGUGAUGUAAUGCUACCAAGCCCCACCGAAGAAGGCAACCUUUCGCCUGAGCGUUUAGACUCCCCAGUAAACAGUCCUUAUGGCGAUGGUGAGCUUGGAAGCGGUAGUUUCGCGAAUGGCCAAGAGGAUGUGAUGUUAAAUGGAUUGGAUGAUGGGUAUUAUACAUAUUACGCUACUGGAUAUAUGAACGAUGCAAAUACCAUCAACACCGGCCUAUUGAAAGAAGGAUACAUUAAACCAGAACAGACAGAAUGUGGACGUACAUCGAGCCCUUCAUCUCCUCCACCGUCGCCAAACAUGCACCAAAUAGUCCAACCAUCAGAUGUAACUCCACCACCGACGAAACGCACCAACUCAAAGAAACACACUAGCAAUAAACCGCCACGCCAACUCGAAUGUUUCAACUGCGGUGUAACGAAAACCCCUCUAUGGCGACGCACUCCUGAUCGCAUGCAUUCUCUCUGCAAUGCGUGUGGUCUCUACUACAAACAAUACAAUACUCAUCGCCCACUACAUAUCCGUAACAAGCCAAGCGCAGCCAGCGGACCGUACAAUCUCACCACGUCCAGAAAAUCCUCUUCUUCCUCUUCGUCAUCCACCUCUAGUAACGGCAGCAACAACAGCAUGAACAAUGAUGUCGCAUCUCCCACUUCGUCAGCCAGUACCACACCUUACUUGCAACCACCUCAGGUACCCCGGCAAGCGCAACAACUUCAAUCUUCAUCCUUGGCGAGUAGUCCUAUAUCCGAGUCCCCUCGAUGUGUAAACUGCGAUCAAACUCAAACACCGCUUUGGCGCAAGAACGAAAAGGGUCAACCUAUCUGCAAUGCCUGUGGUCUCUACGCUAAAUUACACAACCGCGAUCGUCCAGUUGCAAUGAGAAAAGCAAAGAUCCAACGUCGCCGUCGCGAUUGGGGGGCAAACAAUCCAUCUGGAAAUGGAAGUGAUGGUGGAUGCGCAGAUAUUGACGACUGUUCGCCGAUUACACCAACUAGUCCACAAUUUCCGUUGACUAUUCCGUCCAUGAUUUCCGGGCAACGUCCUAUUAUGCCCUUGUUACAAACGGGUGCUAAUGGCGUCUUUUCUGAACAGGGUGCGGGAUUCGCUGACCAGAUUGAAGAUGAUGCUAAAUUUCAGAAUUUUGUUACAAAGCUUUCUCGAGAGGAAUUAGAAAAAUGGUUUUCCAUGUUCAAGCGCAGGUGUGAAUUAUUGAAGAAUGUGCUUGAAGACUGCUCUGAAGCCGGGGCGCUCACAAAAUUUUAA